AACUGCACAAAGGGCACUUCCGGCCCGUGUCAUAUGGUGAAAUUUUGCUUCCGGUUUAUAGUAAACACACGGAUGAUGUGGUCAGGCAGGUAGGCAGCAGGGGCAGCAGUACGGAAAUUACGGUCGUUCCACAGACGGGAAUCUACACGCUUCACCGAGGACCAAGGACCAACCAAAUACGUUCGUUUUGAUUAACACAUCCUUAUCGAACGGGGCAAUAACCAUCAAAAUCUUUACACCACCUUAACGGCGCCAGAACCCCGCCCGUCUCUUUUUUUUUUACCGAAUAGAACUGUUGCUUCGGUAACUUCGGCAGCGGUAUGUGCUUCUGAGGAAUACGUAACGCUCCAUCGCACAUCAACACCUGUCGUCCUGUUCAAUCGACGCCCCGAGUCGUGAUCUGUCCCUCGGCGACGACAAAAUGCUCAGGUUCGGUGCCGUGUUCUGAGCUGUGUUGCGGCGUGUGAUGCCGUUCGUGAGGUGUGCUGCCAGUACUGGUAUCGUAAACGGACUUCGGUGAUAGCUGCGACUCGGAAGCUGCUACCAUGUUCACCAAGUUGAAGAAGAGGAUCGAGGAAGAGAACCAGACGGAGCUGAACAUCGGCAUCCCGACGUCGCUGCCAUCCCCGACGCCGACGCACAGCAGGAGGGCUUCGGAGAGUGGGGUCAACACUCCAGUCCGCAGCACCUGUAGUGAAGCCUCGGACAGCGACCGGGAGCAGAAGACCAAGAAGAAGGAGUAUGAGCACAGCAGCCCAUCUGGAAGCGGUGCAGCUGGUUCAGAUCAUGCCAGGCAUGGUGCCCGGGCAGGCACUCCCAAGAAGUCUGAGCAAGGGGCCGAGUACGGGGAGAUCUACCACAAGUUGCAGCUCAUCAAACACGAAAAGGAAGACCUUGAGAGGCGCUUGCGGGAGAGUGAGCACCGGGUGGAGUUGCUGGCAAGCCAGUGCGAGAACCGCGAGGAGCUGGAGAGUUUCCAGAGCCAAGAGAUGGCCAAGGUCAAGCACCUGUUGCUGUGCAGUCAGCAGGAGCUGCGUGCAGCAGACGAGAAGCUCCGCCAGCGCUCGGAGGAGUGCCGGCUGGCCCAGGAGAGGGUCUUAGAGCUAGAGAGGGCCUCUCAGAAGGUGCAGGGGGACCAAGGGCGCAACAAGGAGCUCCUCAAGGAGAAGGCAACCCUCGAGGCAGAGGUGGACAGGCUUAAGCAGGAGGCGCUGCAGAAUUCGGGCCGCAUCAGCCAGUUGGAGUGCACAUUGGGCAACUUGACGGACGAACACGAUGGCCUCAAGCACACGCAUGAUCUCUACAAGUCCAGGACGACGAGCCUCCUGGCCGAGAAGGACUCGUCCAUCUGCACCCUGGAGGACAGGGUGCAGACGCUGGAGAAGAGGCUGGACGGGGCGGGCCUGACCGGGGAUGAGCAGGUGCAAUCUCUUGUCCAGGAGAGGAAAGUACUGGAAAAAAAGCUGGACGAAUCGCGACAGCACCUAUCCGAGGUAAAGAGCUCGUGGAGUGAAAAGAUCAACAAUCUAGAAACUCAGAUCUUCAACCUGAACCAGAAGAUGGCUGAGGACGCCCAGGAGUGUAGACGUAUGGAGAGGGAGGUGGAAGAGCUUGCGCUGAAGCUGAAGACAUCGGAGCAGCAUGGCUGGGUGCUGGAAGAACAGCUGCAACAGAAGACUGCUGAGCUCGCAGCUCUGCACCGGAGCAAGGAGGAGGAGCUGAGACGGCAGCGCAGCCAGCAGGACGCCCAGUUGGACGAGCUCCGUCUUCAGGUGGCCGCACUGAGGUCGGACCUGAGCCAGGCACACAAGGACAGGGACAGGGAGGCACAGGAGGCUCAGGCCAGGAUCGCAGAACUGCAGAGGAAGGAUGCCGAGCACCAGAAGAGCCUCGAAUACAUUCAGAAGCUGGAAGAAACCUCUUCUGCCUCUGCGAACAAGGUUGCACAGCUGGAAAAGGAGCUGAGUGUGGUGACUGAGUCGGAAGCGUCUCUAAAGCUGACGAUAAAGCGGGUCAAGGCUGAAAUUAAAGCAAUGGCUGAGGAGGUGGACGAACUGAGGCUACGCAAUGCGUCCCUGUCGGGGGAGAAUGAGCGGCUGAGGCAGGAGGCCGGGGAGUCGAGGUCGCAGGGGGAUGAGGAGCGCAGGGACUUCGAGCGGGAGCUGGAGGGGCUAAGGGCAGCUCUCCGGGAAGCCACCUCCAAGCUGCAGUCGCUGGAGUCCCAGGCCAGUGCGAGUGCCGAGAGCUCCGUGAGCCAGGAGGAGCUGAGAGCCAAAGUGACACAGCUGGAGGACCAACUGCUGGAGAGGAACAAGGCCAUGAAGCUGCAACAGCAACGGAUUAGUGACAUGAAGAAAACUAUCCAGCGGGAGCUCAAAUGCCAGCAGAAUACCGGCGGCGAGGGCAUCCAGUCGAACGACACUGUCCCGGAGCACGGCAACAUCGCCUCUGCCGGGGAUGCUGUGGCGACGAGAGGAUCAGCGAAUGCGACGUCUGCUCGCCCCGGCAACCAUUGCCUCGAGGGGUCAAAGCUAGAGGAGGACAUCAACUUCAAGUACCUCAAGCACGUCGUCUUCAAGUUCAUGACCAGCAAGGAGUACGAGGCUCAGCACCUGAUCCGGGCGGUUUCGGUGCUUCUGCGAUUCACCGCGGACGAAGAGCAGCUGAUCCGCGAACACCUUGACUGGAAGAGCUCGUGGUUCGGAUCGCGGCCGCACCCGCACCACCAGCCGCUGCCACCUCACCUUCCCCAACCGCACCAUGCGUCCCACCGGCACCAGCCGCAGCAACACCAGCAUCGCUCGUCCGUCGCUCUGGGUGCACACUCCAAGGCUGGCACGAGGCCGAGCUAGGACAGCUCGCGGAGCGCUAGCGAUCAAACUUUUUGUGCGUGCUUUGGCUCGAUCGUUUGGGGGUUAAGGACCCCUCGGAUCACUUUGCGGAGGUCGGUGUUGACCGGUGUCCUACCUAGUCGAAAGGGAGCAAAUGAAAUUGUACUUGAGCUAGUUUUGGAAAGUGUUUCUUCAUUUCUUAGAAAUUUGUUGCUGCUUUAAGUCUUUUCUUUUUUUUUUUUUGUGUUGUGGUGUGUUGCAAUGUUAAAGUGAGGUUCCGCGAGGGAUUCUCCACAUGUUUCCGGUGACACGGUUGUUCGCUUUCUAGCCUUUUUUGGCAGCAGACCUUGCAGAGUCUGUAUCCUUCUGUGCUGGGACUCGGAGUAUUAUGCAGACGAAACAUACAUACCGAGGGGUGUACGGAUCAAGACAGCUACCAACGAAUCACAAUGCCUUAGGAAGGUUCGAGAUGCUGCACCGCAAGUCGAAUGUGCAACCGAUACACACGGUUCCAAGGUGUAAGAUGGUCCGCGAGAGUGUGAAAGCUCUCUCGAACUGGUGUGCAAUGUUUUUCAUUAAACCGAGAUUUCGUUACUUGUCUGCACGCGUCAUUGUGCAUGUCUGUGCAUCGAGCGUGCCGAUCUGUGGGUGCUGUUUGAACUGUUAGCAGCCUCAGUUCGUGCCUGCAUUUUUGGGGGAUGCCUCAUGCGGCAUCGCAGCUGGUAGAGAAAUCGAACAGGCAUGCUGUGCCAGGGAGCUGGCAAAGCGCAGAUUGUCAGUGUCAACCAAAUGGUGCUGCCUCACUAUAGAAGUGAAUGCUAGGUAGCAAAUGCAACUGAUUUUUUUACUUUUAUUUUAAUGUUUGCAACAUUGGGUUGGGUAUGAAAUGAAUUCAUGCCCUCAACAAGAAGUGAUACGAGCUUAACUAGCUUUAAUUCUUGCCUGUUUUGACUGCAUGAAGGAAAGAAUUAACCGAUUGCAGAUUCUGUGCUCUUUAGCAUAAGGUUGGCGGCAUCUUGAGAACUGCUGCACUCAGACUUGACUAGAUUAGAAGAAUGUAGAAACUGAUUUGUAGUAACCACAGGAUGCUCUAGCUAUUUGGAAAGUCACUGCCAACGACAUACAGGACAAAGAGAGACCUUGGCAGUUUGCCAUUUGUCGGCCACGCGGCAAGAAUGGUCUUCAUAUUGGUUCCCGGCUUACUUACACCGAGAUGCUGCUUGCAGAAACCAUCAAAAUCCGAGUAAGACUAAUGCCAUGUAUCAGUUUAUUUAUGAUUGUUGUAACGAAGACAUUUUUUCACAAUAUCUGGGAGGUUGUCGUAUUAGGGUUGCACUGUAUGUAUUUUACCAUCCCUGUGCUUAUGCUUGAGAAGAGUUUUGAAUGGUAACCUUGGCUCAGAGGUAGUUAGCAUUGUGGCUGUGCUACACAGGGGUGUGACCUUGUUCACUGUAGCUGAAUCUGGGCCCUCAACAGUCUGGUUUCAUAUAACAAAACAUGCUUCAAGAUGCUCACGCUCAUCUUUGUGUUAUUGCUGCAAGAAGACAAGCUCUGCUCUUUUGCAUGGAAGUCUGACGUUUUCUUUUAACCAAUUUAGUUCUUUUAGGGCAUCUGGAUUUGGCAAUGGCAUGGAGAAUGCCAGAAUAUGUUUUAAAUGCAGCUAGCAGACAGUACGGAGAGAUAUGGAUAGCUUCAAACACCUUGCAGUAUCAGCCAUGCAAACGUCUUGCCUUAUUGAAGUGUGAAAUAGCAAUUACAACAGCUCUCAUGUUUUUCCUUUUUAGUCUGGAGUGCGAUGCUUUCGUGGAGAAUAGAAGUUUUUGACUUGGGGGGUAUAGUGGUAAGCUAGCUCAAAAUUGACUCGAGCAAACUAAUUGAUUGAAAACGGGUCGCUUUGGCUAGGGCUGAAUCUUUCCUGUGGCCUGAGAUGUGUUCAGGUUACCCAUUAGGAGACUGAUUAGUGAUAGAUAUAUUUUUGUACCACCAAUGCACCUCUUACAAGACAGCACAGACUGCACUACAAAUUUAAUAAAGGAGAAGGUAAGACGCUCAUUCAGAAAAUCGAUUAGUAAAUGGCACAACGUUUCAUUUGGUCGCCUUUGUAAAUCUGUAUAGCUUUGGUUGUAUUUUGAGCCGCUGUGAAAAAGAUGGAGCCAUUUUCAUCUGAAAUGUGAAACUGGUGCUUGAGUGCUUUUAAGAAGUUGUUACACUCAAUAAAUCCAAUUGCAACUAUUUGUAUGCA